AUGGCCCCUCAAGCCCCAUGGCGCUCCCUCUUCCAGUCUCAUCUGACUCAAAACUCCUCCACUUCGUUUACUCUCUCGACCGUCGACCACGACUCUCAGAACAGGCCCGUGCCACGCUCGCGGACCUGUGAGUUUCGUGGUUUCUGGCCGAGCCCGCAGCUCCAUGACCAGGCUGUCGAGGCGCUAAGCAGCCAGGGCAUUGGCCAGAACCCCGCUGUGUAUGAGAGCGAUCUGAUCUCACUCACGACUGACAUUCGGAUGGAGAAGGUCGGCCAGCUUGAUUCUUCUGGGAACGUUGUGGAGGGUCUUUUCUGGUUGACGGAUGUUGGAAGCCAGUGGCGGGUGAAGGGAGAGGCGUUUGUGAUUGGGGACCCGAAGGGUGGCGCGCAUGAGGAGGCGGCGAGGAAGGAGAUUCAGAAGGGCAUGAACGUAACAGGGAACGCUGCGGAUGUGAGUAGAUGGAGCUGGGAGAGGCAGGUAACGACUUAUUUUGCGAAUCAUUCGCCUUUUAUGAGAGGUACGUUCAAAAAUCCCUCGCCUGGUCAGCCGCGAUCCCAGGAGCCAGUAGAUCCAAGCUUGAAAUUGGGUCAGCAGAUAGAUGAUCUUCAGGACUCUGUUGCGCGUGCGAACUUUCGGGUGGUUGUUAUUCGUCCAAAUGAGCUCGAACGUCUUGACCUGUCGGACCUUCAGAAUGUGCGGCGUGUCAGAUGGACCUUUGUUCCUGCGGACAAUACCGAUGGACAGGGAGAGUGGGUGGAAACGGAACUGUGGCCAUGA